AUGUCGGACGGUAAGUGUAUGCGUCGUUUCCUUGCUGCCAACCAACUGACUCCUUCCGCAGCCGACUUCGAGACCGUCCGGCGGCUGCAGGCUGAGCGCAAUUCUCAGGCUGCAGGUAAAAAAGGUUCCAAAACCUUCGAUCCAUCUAGUCAGCGCACUGAUUCAUCCACCAAGGUCUCUUUGACCGAGAAUUUCGACACGAGCCUGUAUGAUCGAGAUGGCGGCGACAAAUUCGCGGGAUAUCAUACCUCACUUCCUGUCGAUGGGGACGACGAAGAAAUGUCGGAUGCGGACGACAGUCGGAGACUCAUUGGACAGUACACUGCGACAAACGAGCAAAUGAAGGAGUUUUCUACCGGCAACGGUGUAGAGGAAGAAGACAUUCUGCUUGGACGUGAGAAGUCUGCCAGGAUAGCAGAUCGCGAGACUGAUUAUCAGAAGCGAAGAUUUGAACGAGGCCCUCUCACGCCUACCAGAGCCGAUCCAUUCGCAGCUAACAAACAUGCCGGGGUCGCCGAAGGUGCCACGUAUAGGGAGGUGAUGCAACUGCAAGACCUGGAGCGCGAGGAGGAACGGGUCAAAAAACUCAUCGCUGAAAAGCAGGAAAAUGGCGAUGCGGUCGAGCACAAACCUACGCUAAAAGAUGAAGCUGAUAAGGAGAACGCCGAUGCAGGCUCAACAGUUGAAGCAACAGGCCGGAAGCGAAAGAAGAGGUGGGACGUGUCCAACGACGCUGCUCCUGCGCCUGAUACUGCUGAAACCAAGAAACGCUCAAGAUGGGACCAGGCUCCUGCUCCCGAUGGAGCGCCAGCACCUACGAAGCGGUCAAGAUGGGAUCAAGCACCUGCGCUGGCCUCAGCCGCCCCUGUAGCCCAGACUCCAGCCGCAGCGUUUGGCACUGACGUCUCCGUGAGAAACGCGUCCUGGUCUGACGAAGAACUGGAUAUGAUGCUACCAACGGAAGGAUACACGAUCCUUGAACCUCCUCCCGGAUACGCCCAAAUACGACCAGUCGCUCGAAAAAUCGCUGCCACUCCUACCGCAGCAAGUAGUUCGAUGGGAAUCGGUGGCUUUAUGAUGCAAGAACCAGAAAACCCACGGUCAAUGGGAAAACAACUCCCAACAGAGAUCCCUGGUGUUGGUGACUUGCAAUUCUUCAAGGCUGAGGAUAUGGCUUAUUUCGGAAAACUUGUUGACGGAGCAGACGAAAAUGCCAUGUCAGUCGACGAACUCAAAGAACGCAAGAUUAUGCGCCUACUGCUCAAAGUCAAGAACGGCACACCUCCCAUGCGUAAGACGGCUUUGCGACAACUGACAGACAAUGCUCGGCAAUUCGGUGCUGGUCCUCUGUUCAACCAAAUUUUGCCACUACUGAUGGAGAAGAGCCUGGAAGAUCAAGAGCGACAUCUGCUAGUCAAAGUCAUCGAUCGUGUCCUUUACAAGCUUGACGAUCUUAUACGACCUUACGUCCACAAAAUCCUGGUCGUCAUCGAACCGUUGCUCAUUGAUCAAGACUACUACGCCCGCGUUGAAGGCCGAGAAAUAAUAUCCAAUCUCUCCAAGGCGGCAGGUUUGGCCCAUAUGAUCAGUACCAUGAGACCUGAUAUCGAUCAUGUUGACGAGUACGUUCGAAAUACUACGGCACGAGCUUUCGCUGUCGUAGCUUCGGCUCUGGGUAUCCCAGCACUGUUACCCUUCCUGCGCGCUGUCUGUCGAAGCAAAAAGUCAUGGCAAGCGAGACAUACUGGUGUUAAGAUUGUGCAGCAGAUUCCUAUACUCAUGGGUUGUGCUGUCCUUCCUCACUUGAAAGGUCUCGUGGACUGCAUUGCCGACAAUCUCAGCGAUGAACAGGCCAAGGUCAGGACCGUGACCUCUUUGGCUAUUGCUGCAUUGGCAGAGGCUGCAAACCCCUACGGUAUCGAGAGUUUUGAUGAUAUAUUAAAUCCUCUAUGGACCGGAGCGAGAAAACAACGUGGUAAGGGAUUAGCGGGUUUUCUGAAGGCCGUGGGCUAUAUCAUUCCGCUCAUGGACGAAGAAUACGCAAAUUACUACACCAGCCAGAUCAUGGAGAUUCUUCUGCGAGAAUUCGCCUCCCCCGACGAGGAAAUGAAGAAGGUUGUUCUGAAGGUGAUCUCUCAAUGUGCAAGUACCGAUGGUGUGACGCCCGCCUACUUGAAAGAACACGUCCUCGGCGAGUUCUUCAAGAGUUUCUGGGUUCGACGCAUGGCACUUGACAAGAGAAACUAUCGUCAGGUGGUGGAAACUACCGUGGACCUAGGUCAAAAAGUUGGCGUCAGUGAGAUUGUCACUCGGAUCGUCAACAACUUGAAGGAUGAGAGUGAAGCCUACCGCAAGAUGACGGUCGAAACCAUCGAAAAAGUAAUAGCUUCACUAGGUGCAGCAGACAUAAAUGAGCGCCUCGAAGAACGACUAGUCGACGGCAUCCUAUUUGCCUUCCAAGAGCAAGGCAUCGAAGAUGUGGUCAUGCUCAACGGCUUUGGAACAGUUGUGAAUGCUUUGGGCACUCGCUGUAAACCAUAUCUCCCUCAGAUUGUUUCCACGAUCCUCUGGCGACUGAACAACAAAUCUGCGACUGUCCGACAGCAGGCAGCAGACUUGAUCUCUCGAAUCGCGAUGGUGAUGAAGCAGUGUGGCGAGGAUGCCCUUAUGGGGAAACUUGGUGUGGUGCUCUAUGAGUACUUGGGAGAAGAAUAUCCUGAAGUCCUAGGCUCAAUAUUGGGCGCUCUUCGCUCAAUUGUCACCGUCGUCGGUAUCAAUCAGAUGCAGCCGCCGAUCAAGGACCUCCUACCCCGGCUAACGCCUAUUCUACGAAAUCGGCACGAAAAGGUGCAGGAAAACACAAUCGACCUUGUUGGACGUAUUGCUGACCGAGGCCCCGAGUCGGUCAAUGCCAGAGAAUGGAUGCGUAUAUGUUUCGAACUGCUUGAUAUGCUCAAGGCUCACAAGAAAGGCAUCCGUCGCGCAGCAAACAACACAUUUGGAUUCAUUGCUAAGGCUAUUGGUCCACAGGAUGUGCUUGCCACACUCCUAAACAACCUCCGUGUCCAAGAACGACAGUCUCGUGUCUGCACAGCCGUUGCCAUCGGCAUUGUUGCUGAGACUUGUGCUCCAUUUACCGUCCUGCCAGCUUUGAUGAAUGAAUACCGUGUGCCGGAACUCAACGUGCAAAACGGUGUCCUCAAAUCACUCUCCUUCCUCUUCGAGUACAUUGGUGAAAUGGCCAAGGACUACGUCUAUGCUGUCACUCCCCUCCUGGAAGACGCUCUUAUCGACCGCGACCAAGUACACAGACAAACAGCCGCAAGUGUGGUCAAACAUGUUGCCCUCGGAGUGGUCGGUCUCGGAUGCGAAGAUGCAAUGGUCCACUUGUUGAACCUCUUGUAUCCAAACUUAUUCGAGACCAGCCCUCACGUGAUUGACCGCAUCAUUGAAGCGAUCGAGGCCAUUCGCAUGGCUGUGGGCCCGGGUAUUGUGAUGAACUAUGUCUGGGCCGGCUUAUUCCACCCAGCGCGAAAAGUCCGGACACCUUACUGGAGAUUGUACAACGACGCGUACGUGCAUAAUGCGGACAGCAUAGUGCCUUAUUACCCGAACAUGAAGGACGAAGGGCUACCGAGAGAUGAACUGUAUAUUACACUUUGA